AUGAACACGUUCGCAAAUGGUGAAUGGGGAAAGGAAGAGCGUAAAUCACUCCCAAUCAAGAAAGGAGACUCGUUCGACAUUCGAAUUCGCGCCCAUGAUGACCGUUUCCAGAUUGUUAUCGACCAGAAAGAGUUCAAGGACUACGAGCAUCGUCUCCCACUCACCAGCAUCACUCAUCUGUCGAUCGAUGGUGAUCUCUACCUGAACCACGUUCACUGGGGAGGAAAAUACUAUCCAGUGCCAUAUGAAAGUGGAAUUGCCAGCGGUUUCCCGAUUGACAAGACUUUGCUGAUCUUCGGCACCGUCGAAAAGAAGGGCAAGCGCUUCAAUAUCAAUCUUCUCAGGCGAAACGGUGACAUCGCACUUCACUUCAAUCCACGAUUUGACGAGAAGGCGGUGAUCAGAAACGCUCUGGCAGCCAACGAAUGGGGAAAUGAGGAAAGAGAGGGAAAGAUGCCGUUCGAGAAAGGAGUUGGUUUCGAUUUGGCCAUCAAGAACGAGCCCUACGCCUUCCAGAUCUUCGUGAACGGAGAGCGUUUCACGUCGUUUGCUCAUCGUCAAGACCCCAACGAUAUCAGUGGUCUGCAGAUCCAAGGCGAUAUCGAGCUGACCGGCAUCCAGAUUCAGUAG